CGAUCGAGCGCUUCUCUUGAUAUGAAAACCUCGCUCACAGUAGCAGCAGCUUCAUGAUAUAAAGCAUCAUGGUCGCGAUAGUACUUCUACUUGGGAGGAGCAUACAAAUUUCCUGCGUGACCAGUUCGGAUCCGCCGAUAAGCCGCCGUUACAGCGUUAACGACACAGCAGGAAGACGGCAAGUCUUUACUUUAUCGCAAACAUAGAGGAAUGGUUGGCAGCUGGUGUAACUUUCAGGUGACCCAGAUUGAUUGCGCACGAGGCCGCGUUCGCUGCAUUGGGCUUCCGCUCCGAUAUAAAAGCUGCAUGCCUUGAAUACAGACUUUAAGCAUAUAACCUGCAGGGAAUCGCCUGGAGCGCGACCAAGUUCAUUCACAGGUAAGGAGUCAUGAACGUCGUCGCUCCAUCGUCGUUUCCCUGCGCGCGCGCGCGCAUGCAGCAGCGAUAAUCCGUGCCACUGGUUUAAGGGCUAACAAGCGCACUGUAUCCUCGCUCUGCUGCUUGAUUGCAGUCAGUUGAAGCCAACAUCGACCGCAUCAAUUGUGUGAGCGAGUUACAUUAUGGCGACAACAGACAACAAGCAGGGCCGCGAGGCCGUCCUGUGCGCUACGGACGUGGUGCCAUCGACGCCGGUUGUGAAGGGAUUCGACUUCGCUACCAGCCGCCCCGACCUGGACAAUGUGAUGGCGUCAAUGCUCACCACGGGCUUCCAGGCCACUUCGCUGGGCCAAGCCGUAAACGAGGUCAACCGAAUGAUUGACUGGCGCCUGUCCGACGAGCCGGUCACGGCCGACACGCCCGCCGAAGAGGCGGACCCGGAGUUUCGUGCAAAUGCCCGCUGCAUCAUCUUCCUGGGCUACACCUCCAACUUCACCUCGGCCGGCACGCGUGAACAGCUGAGAUGGCUGGCCCAGAACCGUAUGGUUGACGUAAUGGUGACCACGGCGGGCGGCAUCGAGGAGGACUUCAUCAAAUGCAUGGCCAACACCUACCUGGGCGACUUCCACCUGAAGGGUGAGGAGCUGCGCAAGCAGGGCCUCAACCGCAUCGGCAACAUGGUCAUUCCCAACGCCAACUACUGCAAGUUUGAGGACUGGAUGAUGCCCAUCCUGGAUGACAUGCUCAAGGAGCAAAACGAGCAGGGCGUCAACUGGACGCCUUCCAAGAUCAUCGCGCGUCUGGGCAAGGAGAUCAACGACCCCAGCUCCAUCUACUACUGGGCCUACAAGAACAACAUCCCCGUGUUCAGCCCCGCCAUUACUGACGGCUCCAUCGGUGACAUGAUCUUCUUCCACGGCAAGAAGAACCCCGGGCUCCGGGUGGACAUUGCAGAGGACGUGGCCCGCAUGAACGACAUCGUCCUGAGCGCCGGGCCGCGCAAGACCGCCAUGCUUCUGCUGGGAGGAGGCGUGCCCAAGCACCACAUCUGCAACGCCAACCUGAUGCGCAACGGCGCCGACUUCGCGGUGUACCUGAACACCGCGCAGGAGUUUGACGGCAGCGACAGCGGCGCGCGGCCCGACGAGGCCAUCUCUUGGGGCAAGAUCCGUGUGGGCGCGCAGCCCGUGAAGGUGUACGGCGACGCGACGGUGUUCUUCCCGCUGCUGCUGAGCCAGACCUUCGCCAAGCACUUCAAGCCCAAGGGCGCCGGCCAGGCACCGCAGCGCCGGCCCGAGAGCCCCAACACGCCCAAGGUCUCCGGCUCCGGGCCGACUUCCGCGGGCAUCUAGACCAUAAUGGUGCAGCUAAGCUCAAACCGUGAUCAUCUAGGCAUGAAUGUAGCGCUUAUAAAGUCUGAGGAUCGGGCCCAGUUAUUACAACUUAUCGCAGCCACAUGGAAGAAGGGUGCUGAACAAGUGCCAAGAAGAAGAUUGUGACACGGCGUGUCGAAGUCGGAGUCGAAUUACAAUGCAGUAAUCAGAUAAUAGAGUUAGAUCGUGACGGAUAGGUAUUGCGGAAUGUAUUAUAGUGGCUUUUGGAGGGAAAACGAAAUGGGAUUCAAGGAUCCAACCGAGUUUUGAGCAGUGAUGAGCAGUGGCAUCAAGCGACGCGACCAAGCUGCACACGCACUGCACCCUGCGAGGUAAUUUGUUAUACAUUGUAAUAUCCACGGAAC